GAAUCGCGACAUCGGAUAAAUCCAGUUGGUCUUUUUUGUUGACACUCUUGUAGAAUAUUUAUUAUACGUUUUGGUGACAUUUCUUAUGCAGUAAAUCAUUUAUUAUACUGGUUGCCAUAUACUUCUUGCGUCAAUUAAGCCAUCAUGUCUGCCAGAUUUACUCGCCUCAUCCGCUUCUUGGCCAAGGACGGCCGCACAUAUUACGGCGAUGCCAUCUUGCCUCAGGGAGUCACUGACGUUGCCAAAGCUCAGCGCGCCCGCAUCGUCGAGGGUGACAUCUUUGGUAAAUAUAAUGUGACAGAUCAAGAAAUUGGCGUACGCCUGCUGCUCGCCCCGUUGGCGCAGUCUCAUGUCAAGACUGUUCGAUGCUUGGGGCUCAACUAUGCCAAACAUGCCAAAGAAUCCAACUUACCAGAGCCUAAAUUCCCCGUCUUAUUCUACAAGCCCAUCACCUCUCUCUCUGGCCCUGUCGACCCCAUUCCUGUCCACUCGAUGGCGCAGGAGGGAACCGGCUUGGACUACGAGUGUGAGCUUGUUGUGGUGAUUGGCAAAAGAUGCACAGAUGUGUCCGAGGCCGACGCACUCAAUUAUGUGUUGGGAUACUCGAUUGGCAACGAUGUGUCCCACCGAGACUGGCAGCUCAAGCACGGAGGAAGCCAGUGGUCUCUCGGCAAGGCCUUUGACGGCUGGGCGCCCUUUGGUCCAGCCAUUGUCACGGGCGAUGUCAUCAAGGAUCCCCAGAACCUGAAAAUCUGGACCAAAGUCAACGGGCAAACCGUCCAGGACGGAAACACGGCAGACCAGAUUUUCAGUGUACGACAAAUGAUAUCCUUCCUCAGUCGCGGCGUGACUCUGCUGCCAGGAGAUGUCAUCUUUACGGGGACCCCCGAAGGUGUAGGAAUGGGUCGGAAGCCGCAGCUGUGGCUCAAGGACGGAGAUGUCGUCGAGGUCGGUCUUGAGAGUGUCGGCACGUGUACCAACAAGGUGGAGUUUGAAGCUCCCAAAGCUAAAAUCUAGACGUAUGACGGUCAGAAGCUACUUUGCUUACGAGCAUCUACGGUUUAGCUUGAUGGAUGCGGCAGGUGUUCGUGCUAGGUGAGGCUCUAGGGAUACGGAGAGAGAUUUCAGGUACCCGGCAUGCAUGAUAGGAGACCUGUGUGGCCUCACAUAAACGUGCACGAUGAGGAGGAGUGCGGUUGCGUGUUACUGCUUACAUGUACCGGCAAGCAGCGAUUGAUAUCUUUGGCCUUGAUUUUGCGAUUUCUACCUUUUACGUAGCGAGGUAGAGUGAUUUUUCUGAUAGAGAAUUAUAUCCUAUCAUUAGCUUGUUGUCGUAUUAAAGGACAUGAACAUCAUCACCAC